CCUCCGUCGGCGACGACCGCCUCUUCUCCUUCUUCUUCAUCCACCACCAUUACCAUGGGCGACAAAGUACAGCUGAACAAGGCUCAGUUCAACGCGCGCCUCAAGCUUGUGCUUGACUCUUGGACGAGCGCCGAUGGCGACAGUGACUACAGCUCAAUAUCGGAGGUGGACGCACUGUUUGCACCAUCAGGCGAAUCGGCCGGCGAAGACGAGCCUAUCCGGAAAGGCAGCGCGUUUCAGACGUGGCUCUUCGGCUUUGAAUUCCCUUCCACACUCUUCCUCUUCCAAAAAGACAAGGUCUACAUACUAUGUUCGGCGUCAAAAGCGAAAUAUCUUUCCCAAAUACAAACACCGAGCUCGCCGGUACCGAUAGAGAUCUUUGUCAUGCCGAAGGCGAAGGACCCUCCGAAUGACUCUCUGAACAAGUUCUUGGAGCGCUACAUUGCGCACGGGCGCGUCGGGACGUUCCUGAAGGAGCAGCAACGCGGCAAAUUCAUCGACGAGUGGAACAGGGCGCUCGAUUCAGCCAACAAGAAGCCGGAGGUGGUGGAUAUGGGACCAGCGGUAUCAGCUUUCAUGGCUGUCAAAGACGAGGAGGAGAUGAAACUGGUCCGGACAGCCGCAAAUUUAACGUCCACCCUCCUUGCCCAUCAUGUUGCUACGAAGCUGGAGAUGAUUCUGGACCGGGAAGCGAAGGUUUCGCACGAAGCGUUCGCGAGGCAGAUCGAGAGUAGGUUAGGGUCUGGCGAGGGCGAAGCCGCUAAAGGACCGGAUAUGAAGGUCUGGGACAAGGGAAAGGGUCUGAACAAUAUCGACUGGAUGUCGACGGAGUUCUGCUACACCCCCAUCAUCCAAUCACGAUCUUCAAGUUCUGGGUACGACUUGCGUUUCAGCGCGGAAUCCACCGAAGACGACUUGGCCCAUAAGGGCGUCUUGCUCGUCUCGCUCGGUAUGCGGUACAAGGGCUACUGUGCCAACCUUGGGCGGAGCUUCAUCGUGGAUCCCACUAAGGAGCAGGAAGCCAUCUAUAACCUGCUUUUAGCCUUGCAGGGAGAGCUCCUUAUCAAGAUAAAGAACGGGGUCGUUAUCCGCGACAUCUACCAACACGCUCUGAACUACGUGAAGAAGGAAAAGCCAGAGCUCGAGGGCAACUUCGUGAAGUCUAUUGGUUUUGGAAUGGGCCUAGAGUUCCGUGACUCAGCGUAUCUCCUCUCGGCCAAAAACGGUCGCAAGUUGAGAACCGGUAUGAUUCUCAAUCUGUCCCUGGGCUUCCAAGACUUGGAGGAGGCGGGAGGGAAAAAAUACGCCCUCCAGCUCGCCGACACUGUCAGGGUGGAUGACUCUCGGGCUACAUUAUUCACGGCCGGCGUGAGUGGAACACGCGACACGAUGUUCUACAUCAACCAGGAAGAAGAAAAGAAGCCGCAGAAACCCGCCAAAGCUGCGCCCUCGAAGGCCCUAGUCAACGGCUCGCCCAUGAAGAACAAGACCGCUGGUGGCAAAGUACUGCGCAACAAGACGCGAAGCGCUGCGCAGGAAGAGGUCUUGCAGUCGACGGCUGCGAAGAUUCACGAGCAUCAGCGCGAGCUGCACGCUGCGUUGCAGUCGGAGGGUCUUGCGAAGUACUCGGAGGAAGGGGAUGGUGCUGGCAAGAAUGAGGCCAAGUCGUGGAAGCGAUUCCAGAGCUAUAAGGGCGAGGCCGGCCUGCCGCGAGAGGUAGAGAACUUGCGGAUAUUCGUUGACCGGAAGAUGGCAUCGGUCAUCGUCCCCAUCAAUGGCUUUGCGGUUCCGUUCCACAUCAACGCGAUCAAGAACGCGAGCAAGAACGAGGAGGGCGAAUAUACCCUUCUGCGCAUCAACUUCCAGACGCCAGGUCAGCUCGCCGGGAAGAAGGAGGAUACGCCGUUUGAAGACCCGGACGCCACCUUCAUACGAUCGGUCACGUAUCGUUCAACGGACGGGCAUCGCUUUGACAACAUCGCGAAGCAAAUUACAGAGCUGAAAAAGGAGAUCAACAAGCGGGAAGCCCAAAAGAAGCAGCUUGCCGAUGUCAUUGAACAGGGCAGCCUCGUCGAAGUAAAGGGUCGCCGACCGCAUAAGCUUCCCGAAGUAUUCAUCCGCCCUGCCUUAGACGGGAAGCGACUUCCGGGCGAGGUGGAGAUUCACCAGAACGGUCUGCGUUACGUAUCACCAGGACAUCAGAAAGUCGAUAUUCUCUUCAGCAACAUCAAGCACCUCUUCUUCCAGCCUUGCGAUAACGAGCUUCUCGUCAUCUUUCACUGUCAUCUCAAAUCACCCAUCAUGAUCGGCAAGCGAAAAGCGCACGACGUGCAAUUUUUCCGUGAAGCAUCCGACGUGCAGUUCGACGAAACCGGCAACAGGAAACGCAAGUACCGUUAUGGAGACGAAGACGAAAUAGAGAUGGAACAACAAGAACGUAAGCGCCGACAAAUGCUGAAUAAGGAGUUCAAGCACUUCUCGGAGAAGGUGGCCGAAGCUGCCACGCAAUCUACGGGAGAUACUGUAGAGAUUGACAUUCCCUUCCGCGAGUUGUCCUUCGAGGGUGUGCCCCAUCGGACCAACGUGCGCCUUAUGCCGACAACGGAGUGCCUCGUCCAUCUAUCCGACGCGCCGUUCCUUGUCGUGACACUGAGCGAUAUUGAGAUCGCGUCACUGGAACGUGUGCAGUUUGGCUUGAAGCAAUUUGAUAUGGUUCUCGUCUUCAAGGACUUUACGAAAACACCGCUACAUAUCAAUUCGAUACCAAGCACGCAGCUUGAUGAUGUCAAGAACUGGCUAGACUCUGUCGACAUUCCGCUUGCCGAAGGACCGGUGAACUUGAACUGGGGACCGAUCAUGAAAACCAUCAACGACAGUCCUUACGACUUCUUCCAGCAUGGCGGCUGGAGUUUCCUCGGCGGUUCUGCCGGCGGUGAAGAUAGUGCCGGCUCCGAUGAAUCCGAUACGGAGUCAGAGUUCGAAGCCGAGGACGAAGAAGUGUCAGAGUCAGAGUCGAGCGACGAAUCCGACGCGUACUCCGACGCCAGUGGCUCGAGCGCCAGCGAAAGCGGAUCUUACGACGAUGAUAGCGACGGAGACGAUUGGGACGAACUCGAGCGUAAAGCCGCCAAAUCGGACAAGAAGCGGGCAGAGACCGGACGCGGCAACGACUCUGAUGUCUCAGACGACGACCGGAGGAAAAAGAAGCCUGCUGGCAAAGCCAACGGCAAGUCCAACGGCAAGGCGCCGGUAAAGAGGAAGUAAACAUAGAGGCCGGGUGAUGUAUUCCUGUAUAUUUUGAACGUAUGUACAUUAUUUUGUCGCGGCUUCCAGUCGGCGAAGAGAUUUCAACGUGGACAUCGCCUCUCGCCAAGGAGCGUCAGCAUCACCAACACUUUUGUCGUCGCUAUCGAAUAAUCCGUACGUUCAUCCUGCAAUCUUGGCUUCCCUCCACAUGAAAACGACGGAGAGCGCGGCGCCAGGGCCUAAUGCGACAAACGCGAUAAUCUGCCAGAGCGCAAGACCGAUAACCUGCAGCGGAGUGCGGCCGAGCCACAGGACAGCGAUCAUGCUGCUUCCGAACGAGGUCCACGAGUCCCACUGCAGGAGCUCCAGACUGUGAUUCGUCUUCGUGAGCGGAGCGCUCGGAACGAAGAUAUAUCUCAACGACGCCCAGUCCGUCUCCGCCAGGUUGUCGAUGUCGAGCCGCGGGUAGAGGACGAAGGCAUGGGCGGCGACGGAGAUC